UAGCGACAACCACCAAGGCGCAUAGUUUCCCACGGUUGUCAACGAGAGGUCUCGAUCACCUUAACACCUUCUUGACCUCUUCCGACUCAUAUUCCGCCUUGUUGUGCUGUAUCAGCGCAUAGGAAUCUCUCAUCAUGGCGGACAAGGAAGAGGACUUCAGUUCCCUCCCGUUGCAAGAUCGCUUCGUCCACAAGAAUUGGAAGGUGCGGAAGGAGGCAUAUGAAGCUGCUGCAAAGGAAUUCGACAGUGCGCCGUCCGAAGCUCAUCCGACCGUCCGGCUAUUCCUCCAAGAAUCCUCACUAUGGAAAGGCGCCGUUGCUGACUCGAACGUCGCGGCGCAACAAGAAGGGAUGGGAGCUUUAUGUUCUUUCCUUCAGAUUUCUGGGGUUCAAGGAUGCCAGAGAACACGGAAUCUUACGAUCACUCCGCUCGUGGAGAAAGGCUUGGCAGCGAUGAGACCAGUAUCAAAGCAAAAGGCACUCGAAGCGGUAUUACUGUAUAUCGAACUGGAUAAACCAGACCCGAUCAUCGAGGAACUGAUCCCGAUCCUCUCCCAUAAACAACCUAAGAUCAUAACUGCGACCCUCUCCGCGCUGACUGCGAUAUACCAUGCCUAUGGUUGCAAGACGGUGGAACCGAAGCCAGUGCUGAAGCUUCUCCCAAAGGUCUUUGGCCAUGCUGACAAGAACGUGCGAGCAGAGGCUCAAAACCUGACCGUGGAGUUCUACCGCUGGCUGAAGGAUGCUAUGAAGCCGCUCUUCUGGAAUGACCUGAAACCCGUACAGCAGGCGGACCUGGAGAAGCUCUUCGACAAGGUCCGGGAUGAUCCUCCGCCAAAGCAGGAGCGGCUUCUACGAUCGCAACAAGCCGCCGAAGAAGCUAUGCCCACAUCCGGCGGCGAUGCGGGUGGAAUGGAAGAGGAGGAAGCCGAAAUCGAUCUCGAGCCGGAGUACGAGUCUGUCAAUGUUUUCCCGAAAAUACCAAAGGAUUUCCAGGAUCGCCUUGCUUCGACAAAAUGGAAGGAUCGGAAAGAAGCUCUCGACGAGUUGCAGGUCGCCAUCAACCAUCCGAAAAUUGAUGAGGGUCCUUUUGACGAUAUUAUCCGGACGUUAGCGAAGUGCAUGAAGGAUGCCAACAUCGCUGUUGUGACCGUGUCGGCUAACUGCGUCGAACUGCUCGGCAAAGGUUUGCGGAAAAGUUUUGCCAAGUAUCGAUCCACGAUCAUGAGUCCAAUGAUGGAACGGUUAAAGGAGAAGAAAGCGGCCGUUACUGAGGCGAUUUCUUCUGCACUCGACGCGGUAUUCCUAUCCACAAAUCUGUCGGAAUGCCUCGAGGAGAUUUUGGAGUUCCUGAAGCACAAGAAUCCCCAAGUCAAGUUAGAGUCGACAAAGUUCUUGAUACGAUGCCUGAAGACCACCCGAGAUGCACCGAAGCUGGAGGAGGUAAAGAGCAUCGCAGAAGGAUCCACAAAGCUGUUAACCGAAUCGCAAGAAGUUCAACGAGCCGCUGGCGCAGAGGUAUUGGGAACCCUGUGGAAGAUCAUGGGUGAUCGGCUCAUGAACCAGCAUCUCGACGGUUUGGACGAAAUCCGGAAAACGAAAAUCAAAGAGUUCUACGAGUCCGCAGAGGUGAGAGCGAAGUACAAGCCGAAAGCAGCACCGCCACCAAAAGCUGCCCCUGCUGCCGUGCAACGGAGGGGUAUGCCUGGCAAACGGCCCGGGCCGCCAAGUAGUGUCAAGAAACCCGCUCCUACACCGGCGCCUCCAGCAGAGGAAUAUGCUGUUCCAACUCCAUUGGCACCACGGCUUACGGCCAGAUCCGGUGUCUCCAAGCUCGCGCCCCCAAAAGGAGGACUCAAGAUGCCGGCCGCGAACCGAACCAUUGGAGGACUGAAAGCCCCUUCAGGAAUGGCAUCACCCAAACGAUCAGUAAUAUCACCUCCUCCGUUCGAAGAGCCUGCACAAGCAGUUACUCCGGCCCAACCGAAAUUAGGGCUCGGUCGUGGCCUUGCUGGGCGUCCUCUUGGCCGUGCCGCUCCUCCUCCCCAGGAUCCCGCACCUGUAGCUCAUACAUCUGCCAUCACGCAACUGAAUUCUGCAGAGCAUGCCGAACUGGACGAGCUCCGCGCCGAGAACGAGCGCCUACACAAACAUAACGACGAGCUACGCUCCGAGCGGGCGAAACUCGUGUCCGAGAUGAACGAACUUCGCAAUCACAACGCCGAGCUCAUCGAAAACCACACCCGCGACAUGCUCAGCAUCAAAGCCAAAGAAACCCAACUCGUCCGCGCCCGCAGCGACGCCGAAGCCGCCGAGUCGACCGUCCAGCAACAAGCCCGCGAAGUCGAGCGACUCAAGCGCGAGCUCAGCCGCCAAGUCCGCGCCACGAGCCCUCCGCCCAUGGAUGUCAGCGAGCAGCUCUACGGCGACCAAGCCAGCCUCAACGGCGGCGGUGGGCGCUACGAUUCCGGGUAUGCGAACGGGCGCCCGUCACGCUUCAUGUCGGGCGGCAGCCUCAACUCGAUGUCCACGGGGUCGCAUAGUGGUGCAGAAGGGAAGGAGAACCACCCAAGCAUGGAGUCGUCGCUGGCACGGCAGAAGCUGAGCCCGACGCGCUCGAAUGCUUUCGGGGGGUCGCCAGCGCCGCGGUCGUUGAGGAGUCCGGAGGUGCCGUAUGAGGGGAGUGGGGUGGGUGCGCUUGGCCGUGGGGAUUUGGGGAGCAACGGCGGGUGUGCGGGAGGUGGGGGAGGUGCGGAGAGUUGGAAGCGGGCGGCGGAAGUGACGCAGAAUUUGAAGGCGCGGAUCGAGAUGAUGAAGGCAAAGCAGCAGGGACUAACUCGCCAACAUUGAGACCGCUCUGUACCCCGAACGCUGGUAUGGCUUAUGAGAGCCCGCCACGGGAGUCCGUGCCAACCUCAGCAUCAGGAUUCUCCUCGGGGACGGCACCCUCGCCCUCCCCUCUCGGCCCCGCCGCUUCCGGACCCGCUGGUCUCAGAUCUGCAGAAUCACCUUGACGAUGU